UUUUGUUGACUUUAGUUAGGUUUUGCUGGGUGUGGGAAAGAAAAAUCUUUCCCUCUACCAAUCUAGCAAAAAUGUACCGCUACCUGUUACUCAUGUGUCUUGCAUUGUUGGAUGAUGUUACAGCUAAAAUACCUGCGGCACCUGGUGAGAAAAAGUGUCCGGCCCUUAAAGUCGGAGCCCAUGUGAUAACCGAUCAUUCCUGUACUAGUGGCUCUAGCGACGUCGAUACAGUUUGUUCAUUUGCGUGUCCCAAGGGAUAUCAGCGAAAUGGUCCGGGACAUAAACGUUGCCAGUUGGACGGCUCUUGGACAAAUGGUGAUGAUCCUGUCAAAUGCGAUGAUGUGAAUGAAUGUGAUACCGCUAAUGGCUUCUGCAGUCACCUCUGCGUGAAUAAACCUGGAAGUUACAAGUGCAAGUGUCCUCCUCCACUUAUAUUAGAUCCAAAAAAUCAGAGGAAAUGCAAAGGUCCUGGUGUUCAACUUACUUGUGAUACAAAUCACAUGGAGAUCGUUCUACCCAAAAACCUCAUCCACAACCUGCAUCACGAGCACCUGAGUCUCAUCGACCCAAACUGUCGAGCAAAUGGUAACGCCACACACUACAGCUUGUCAACAGACAUCACAAAAUGCGGAACCACUUCCCACGUGUACAAAAACUUCAUCGUGUACACCAACAGGGUGAUCGAAUCUCCUAACGAAGACUCGGACGUCAUAACCCACGUAGGUGUAAACGAAAUCAAAGUUCCAUUCAGUUGCUACUUCAACGACCUGGAAAUUGUCCAUACCGUCGGAUACAAACCGGUAGCACAGAAAAUCCACGUGUACGUUAAAGGACGCGGUGAAUACGCUUUGAGUCUGGACAUAUUUAAGGAUGAGAGUUACGGAGAAGGAUCUCGGGCUUUGGCGCCAUCGUCGGCGAAGUACACACAAGACGACUUCCCCAUCGAAGUUCAUCUCCGUGAGCGAGUUUUCGUGCAGGCAUCGUUGGACACUCGCGAGAAGGAUCUAAAGAUAUUUGCAUCUAACUGCUGCUCGACACCAAUGCAAGAUCACGAGGCUACUAUGAAAUUCAGGCACGCGUUGAUUGUGGAAGGUUGUCCCAGGGACCCUACAGUUAAAUUCCAUUCCUCCUCUGACCCGACAAAAUUUCGGUUCAGUUUCGAAGCGUUCCAGUUUCUUGGCAACCACGAUUACGUCUUUAUACAUUGCCGUGUCCAUGUGUGCGAUGUUAACGAUAACAAGUCCCGCUGUGCGAAGGGAUGCCUGCCAGGAUUCGGCAAGCCGCCAGUGCAAGAUCAUCCUGGGAAGAUUAAAAAAGCUCAGACUCCAGAAAAACGUGCGACGCCUGUAGCUCAGCCGAACGGAAAGAGCGUCAAGAAGGUGGUGGCCUCAGGUACCAGCAAGAAAGCAGAGGUUAGCUCGGCGAGCAAGAAGAGCACCGUGAAAGCUGCAGCUAAAGUCUUAGUGAAAGCACCUUCGAUAACCAAGAAGGUUCAAGAUCAACCCAAGGUAUCAAAGAAGACAGAUGCCGAGAUUGAAUUACGCCAUCUCAUGAAACGUGCUGCUGCUACGCGUUUCGAAAAGAGAGGGGUGUUGGGUUCUACUGACUUAACCUCCAUAGGUCCAGUCUUACUCGAACAUGCCAAAAGAAAUGGCAAGAGAGAGCCAAGGCCUAAGAAAGUGUUCGCCGAUGCGAAAGGGAUUGGCAUGAACCAUGAUGUGAAGCAAAAGAACAAACGUACGUCUGUGGCUCCUAGUGCAACAAACAUUGUUCUAGUGGUGCUAACAGUAGCUUCCAUCAUGGCGCUGGUUGGAGUAGCAUAUCUUGGUCGCAAAGCGACAAAGAUUGUGAACAAUCCUUACAAUUACGACUCUUUAGCAGUCUAUCAGUAAACUUCAUCAGUCGUUAAUACUACAUCCUGUUUGUCCUUUGUGAUAUAAAAUUGGUUUUGGCAACCUUCAAUCUCUACAACGCUUGAAAAUAGUAGAAUUUAGUAUUAUCUUGGCCCUUCCGCAUGUAACUUUUAAGAGGUUCCACAAGGGAAAAACUUCUCGAGCAAUUCACUGAGAAGUGGCUCAUUUCAAACUUUUUCAAAAGCAUUAUGAGGGCAGAAAACUGGGUCAAUUUUUCUAGUUCUGUUUUUCUUAUAUCUUUUCUGUUUAAUCUCUUUCUGCUUCUAUCUGUUUCAAAAAUGUUUACUCUUGGUAAUAAAGACAUUCUUAAAUACGCAAACUUGUCGAGAGCAAACAUAUGCAUUUAGACUGCAAGCUGCCCCUCCCUUUCGGCGAAGUCCGUUGUGCAAGCGCCUCACUUCCGGAGCUCCCCGCAGCCCACUAAUAUCAAUAUUUUUUUCAUUAAAUAUUUUUUUGAUUUGAGCGAUGGACUUUGUUGCAAAGGAGAGACUGCUCGUAGUCCAAUAAUUCGAAAUACACUUUAAAAAACUGUUUUAUCGAUGUUUUUAUAAAAAAAAAAUCGUGUGUGGGCAAGUUAGGUAGUCCUCUUAAAAAGUUAGAGCCGCAGAGAACUAAUAAUUAUUCUUUUAUCUUUCCAGUAAACGUACAGGAAUCUGA